AUGUAUAAGGCCAUAGCAGGCGCCUCGGUCCGUGGUUUAAGUGGAUCACACCGUGGGGAAAGUUUUCUCAGAUUCCUCUCGUCAAGUGGAACAUUAUGUCAGAAGUCUGCCCUAAAACACCCAUCCUCACAUCCACCAGAGAUGCCAGCCUGUGAUUUUACCCCAGAAGAAUACAAGGGCAUGUCAAAGGACCAGAUGCUGCAGAUCCGCCGUCAGUUCUGUAACCCCAUGACCAUGAAGGUGACCUUCUAUAAACGACCCGUGUUUAUCCACCAAGGACACAUGCAGUGGCUCUGGGACGUGGACGGGCGGCGCUACCUUGACCUGUUUGCCGGCGUGGCUACCAUCAGCGUCGGCCACUGUCACCCGAGGGUGACAGAAGCGGCCGUGAAGCAGCUGAAAACGCUCUGGCACACCACCAACAUCUAUGUGUAUCCUCCUAUUCAUGAGUAUUGUGAGAAACUGGCUUCUUAUCUUCCAGAUCCACUCAAGGUUAUAUAUCUCACCAACAGUGGGUCAGAGGCCAAUGAUCUCGCGAUGCUAAUGGCGCGGCUAUACACAGGCAACUUUGAUAUACUCACAUUUGGGAACUCGUACCACGGCAGCAGCACACAGACUCUGGGCCUGACGUCUAACGCAGCGUAUAAAUAUCCUCUGCCCAGUGGGUUAGGCUGCUCCAACACCAUGUGUCCGGAUGUUUACAGAGGAAUCUGGGGAGGAAGCCACUGCAGGGACUCACCUGUGCAGACGACCAGAGACUGCAGCUGUCCACAAGGCUGUUGUUUGGCGACGGACCAUUACAUCGGUCAACUCAAACAAACUCUAGCUACCAGCGUUCCAAGUCGGAUCGCAGCGUUCUUUGCGGAGCCGAUUCAGGGAGUAGGAGGAGCCGUGCAGUAUCCCAAAAACUACCUGAAGGAGGCGUACAAACUUGUGCGAGAGAGAGGAGGCGUGUGCAUUGCAGAUGAGGUCCAGACUGGGUUCGGUCGCACUGGCAGCGACUUCUGGGGCUUUCAAGGACAUGAUGUGAUCCCGGAUAUAGUCACCAUGGCGAAGGGGAUCGGGAAUGGGUUUCCUAUGGGGGCAGUUGUGACUACACCAGAAAUAGCUGCUGCGUUUGCUAAAGGCGUCCACUUCAACACGUUUGGUGGAAACCCAGUGGCCUGUUCUGUAGCUUCAGCGGUGCUCGACACCAUAACACUAGAGGGCACACAACAGAACAGCCUCAAAGUGGGGACCUAUCUGAUGACCGAGAUGGAGAAGCUCAGAGACGUCUAUGAGAUCAUCGGCGAUGUUCGGGGAAAGGGGCUCCAGAUCGGUGUGGAGAUGGUCAAAGACAAGUCCAGCAGAGAUCCUCUUCCCGCCGAAGCAGUAGGCGAGAUCCUUGAAGACGUGAAGGACAUGGGGGUCCUGAUUGGCAAAGGAGGUCUUUACGGACAGACUUUCCGGCUCAAGCCUCCCAUGUGCAUCACAAUGGAAGACGCUGAUUACUUCUUGGCUGUAUUCAACAAAGCCCUGAGUAACUACAUGGAGAGAAAAUGA